ACAGCUGCAGCAUGCGAUCCAAGCCCUAUUUAGGCUCUGCCUUGAGUCCAGCUCAGCUCAGAUCAGAUCGGAGCAGCAACAUGUCUGGAAUGUUUUGUUGCUGGCUGCUUUUCCUCUGCCAGCUGUGGAGCCUGCAGGCGGCCAGCCUGGAUACGCUGGCCCAGCAGAGCAGCAUCUACUAUCAGCAUGUGCCCUCUGAGCUGAGCCUGGAGCGUGUGGAGCAGCUCUCGAACGUAGACUCGCUCAAGCUGAUCGUGCACGGCUUCUUGGGAUCGCGCAGUCACAUCUCCAUCAUGCCGCUGCGCAAUGCCUACCAGGCGCAGGGCUUUGAGCAUGUGCUGAUUGCCGAUUGGUCGCCCGCUGCCAAUUUGGACUAUCCCAGCUCGCGACGUGCCCUGGGCAGGGUGGCUCUGGUGCUGGCCAAGCAGUUGGAGCAGUUUCUGGAGCGGCACAAUGUGUCCCAGGAGGCUGUGCACAUCGUGGGCCACAGCCUAGGCGCCCACAUUGCCGGCCGCAUCGGGCGCUAUUUCAAUGGAACCGUGGGCCGGGUUACGGGCCUGGAUCCAGCUCUGCCGCUCUUCACGCCGCGCUCCGAUGACGGCCUGCGGGCGAGUGCUGCUCUGUUUGUGGACGUCAUACACACCGAUUACCCGCUCUUUGGGGAUCUGACGCCGCGUGGCACUGCCGACUUCUAUGUCAACUUUGGUCGCGCACCGCAGCCGGGCUGCGAGGAGGUGGAUCUGCUGGCGGCCAGUAAGCUCAUCUUGGAGGCUUACAGCUGCAGUCACAAUCGCGCCGUGCUCUUCUAUGCGGAGUCAAUUGGCCUGCCCAGGAAUUUUCCCUCCAUUCCCUGCAGCUGGAAGGCCAUCAGAAGCAGUAGCAGCUGCUUGAAGGGUUUGGACGCGUUUAAUCUGAACAGCACGGCGAUCGAGCUGGCCAUUGGCAAAAUGGAUGAUGGCCAGGUGGUUUAUAUGGGCGAGCAGGUGACACACAGCGCCACCUCUUAUUACUUUCUGGAAACUAAUGCAGCGCCACCAUUUGGUCAAGGCGUGCACGCCAAGUUUGACUAAGUUAAGCACCAAGCGA